GUCAACUCAGCUAAUAAUGAUGGCAAGACCCCAUUGCACCUGGCUACUGAAGCUGGACACGAAUUAAUAGUCAAGUUGCUCUUAAAAAAAGGAGCUGCAGAGUCAGUCAAUUUGGCUAAUAAUAACGGCAAGACCCCGUUGCACCUGGCCACUAAAGCCGGAUACGAAUCAGUAGUUAAGUUGCUUGUGAUCCUAAGCAGCGAA